AUGCCCCCUCCCGCUUUUGUCCAUGACCCCGCCAUUACGACCAUACUGUACCUGCACUCGCUAAGCUUUAUCUGCCUAUCACUAAGUCCAUCUCGUAUAUAUGCCAGCCACAUCAUCACACAAUACUGGGGCCAACCUCGCUUGAUAAUUCCGCAUUCCUUGGUUUUCUACUAG